AUGUUGGGGGCUUGUGAGGAUGGCAUCUAUCAUAUAACUUCAGAAGCAAUGAUUGUGCACAUUUUCUCAUUUGUGUUCUUGUCUCAGGAUGAAUUCAAAACAUUUUUGAAAGCUGCUGGAUGCAAACUUGUAGUGGUACAAUUUUCAGCAAAAUGGUGUGGUGCUUGCAAACGGAUUUGUCCUCUUGUUCAUGCAAUGUCUCUGCAAUACCGAAAUGUAAUGUUUGCUAAUGUGGAUGUGGACGAUUCUCGGGAGUUGGCCCAAACUUAUCACAUCAAAGCAAUACCCACAUUUCAGAUGUUCAAGCAAGCCCAGAAGGUAACCCUAUUCUCAAGAUUCAAAAGAGCACUUUGCUGUUAUAGAAGUGGAUUCAUGAGCAAGCCGAUUUUUGAACUUUGUGGAGCUGAUGCUAAAAAAUUGGAAGCGAAGAUUCAAGAACUAAUGUAAGCUGAUCUCCAAGACAGAAUACACUUGCAACAUUUUU